AUGGCAGCGGAGCGGGAAGCGCUAGGCAAAAGGUGGUGGGAAAGAGGAGGCGGCGUAAAUGUUGGUUUGGGGGCCAUCGUGUCACCAUGGGGUAACCGAGGAAGAGGAUUCGAUGUCAGGUAUCCGAAUUCAAGACCUAGAAGGGAUAGCAGACGAGGUAAAGUCAUCAAAAGGGAGGGCCUGAAGCUGCCUAGAAAGAUCGACGCUCGGUAUGCGAACUUGCCAGAGCAGCUUGUACCCAUCCGACUGGAGUUUGAUGUCGAGCAGCAUCAUAAAAUGCGGGACACAUUCGUUUGGAACUUGAAUGACCCUGUGAUAACUCCGGAGAAUUUCGCACAGACCGUGGUUGAAGAUUAUAACCUAUCUUCGAGCUAUCACUCCGUUAUCGUCAAAUCUAUUCAGGAUCAACUCAGCGAUUUUAAGGCACAUUCGACCAAUUACGAUGGCGAAGGAGGUGAUUAUGUUGCCGACGAUGAAUCGGGCGCUCCGGAGACAGGAAAGUUGGAUGGAGAGAGCGCGUCGUGGUGGCGGAAGUGGCGAAAACGCGUGAGGAAAGAUUUUACCGUUGAUGGAGCUGAAAAGGGCCGAAAACGACGGAAAGUGGUUGAAGACGAGCAAAUCAUGAACGCAGAGGACUUUAAUAUGGAUGAGAAUGAGAUACACGAAGACAUGAGGAUUGUCAUCAAGCUGGAUAUCAUUGUUGGGGCGAUGAAGCUUGACGACCAGUUCGAAUGGGAUAUAGAAAAUCCGCAUGCGUCCCCUGAAGGCUUUGCGGACAUAUAUGUUCAGGAGCUAGGCUUGGGCGGUGAAUUUAGAACUGCCAUCGCCCACUCUAUCCGAGAACAGGUGCAGGCGUACCAAAAGUCCCUCUUCCUAGUUGGACAUCCAUCCGAUGGUACGCCGAUACAAGAUGACGAGUUGCGGAUGUCAUUCCUUCCCGGCUUAUCAUCGGGUGCCCGAGCACUAGAUCAAGUACAGUCGUUUACACCGAUGCUGAACUAUCUUAGUGACGGCGAGAUCGAACGACACGAGAAGGAGCGUGACAAGGACAUGAAUAAGCGGCGAAAACGAAAUACAAGGGGCCGGCGAGGCGUCGCGUUACCAGACCGAGAGCCGAUCAGGACCUAUCGCACGCCUGCCAUUGGGUUUCCCGAACUGGAUCCUGCUAUCCUUGCACUACAAGUUGCCGCUAAUGCACCCACGUCGCGCAGAGCAGCAGCAGCAGCAGCUUCACUCACCAUUGCAAAUAUGGUGGCAUCCGAAAACGGGACACCCCUCCUUCCUCAAACACUUCCCACUGCUCCCCAACAACCACAACCUGCCGCUCCCAAAGAGAAGAAGCCGAAAGGACACUUCAAAGCUCCGCCACUACCUCCGUCCGUCUUACGGCCUCGGGCCAAGCUCACAUCGGUGCCUGCUUCUACUGCUGCAGAUGGCGCGUCUUCCACAUUGGAUGGUGAUGCUGCGCACUCCAUGAACGCUCUCCCGAAGGUGGUGACGGCGAAGAGGGCGAAGGAGUUGGAACGAGAAGCGAAGGAGAAGGAAUUCGCUGACGGCCAGCACGCUAACUUCAUAGAUGGUGUAUGGCACUGUUCUAACUGUGGUUGUCCUGAGAGUAUCGCUAUUGGCAGGAGGAAAGGUCCGUUGGGAGAUAAAUCACAAUGCGGUACUUGCGGCAAGUUCUGGCAUCGGCAUCGUCGUCCUCGGCCGGUUGAAUACAACACAGAUCCUGAUUUCCAUUCAAAUGUCAAACGGGACAGUGAGCUCGCAAGAACAAUUGGCAAGAAGAAGGGAGGUGCUGCUGCGCUACGGGCACAAAGUGGGACAGUCCCAACGACUCCAGCUUCAGAACCUCAGUCGCCCCGGAUCAAACCAGAUGAAGAACCUGCGCCCAGACUGUCGCCUGUUCCACCUCCGUCGAAAGCGGAAACCGCCCUUUCUCCUGUGUCAACGACAUCAAGUGCGUCGGAGGCUCCCCUGGCUCAGCGGGCGAAAGCGAAUGGGACCGGUAGUCAUACACCGUCUGUUCCACCAGCUUCUUCCGCUCCUCCUCCGGCACCUGCUUCCACGUCACCGCCACCGCCGCCGCCGGAUACCUCUACCACUGUCCAAGAACCAUCGGCGCCACCGUCUAGUCAAUCCGGGCCUCCGGGACCACCUUCUCAGCGAUCGUGGGUGAGCAGACUUGAGCCGUCGUCUGUAAAAAGUGUUCUGACGAUAGACGGUACCCAGCCCCCUCAAUGGCUAGCCACCUGUAUGCAAGGCAUUCAAUACCGUUUCCCAUCUGAUAAAUUUGAGGUGGCCCUCCGCAAGGUCACAGCGAAUAGUGACCCAGAGUGGCGGAUUAAAUGUCUGGACUGUCCUGGCAAGCUGUACAAACCUGGUCCGGGCGAGACCCUCUCGAACUUUGAGGUACAUCUGAGAAAUAAUACGCACCGACGAGUAGUAGAGAAGCGUGUUGCUGCUACAGCUUCGUCUGGGUCAUGA